AUGUUGAAGUUCAAAUGCGGCGCCCGAAAUCCGGUAGAGGCAGGACCGAUGGAGCCCAUCACCAGCCGAAUUUCUCGGCUAAAUCUUCUCUUUCAGGGGAAGCAAAUCUUUGUGACUCAACAGCAGAUGUCUCCUCUCUCCCGGGAAGGCAUCCUUGAUUCUUUAUUCGUUCUUUUUGAAGAAUGCAGAAACCCCGCUUUAAUGAAAAUUAAACACGUUGGCAACUUUGUCAAGAAGUAUGCAGAGACUAUAGCUGAAUUAAGGGAACUGCAACCCAGCGUGAAGGAUUUUGAAGUAAAGAGUGUGGUUGGCUGUGGUCACUUUGCAGAUGUAAAAGUAGUAAGAGAGAAAGUUACUGGUGACGUAUAUGCCAUGAAGGUGAUGAGCAAGGAGUCCUUGUUGGCGCAGGAGCAUGUGUCAUUUUUUGAGGAAGAACGCAGUAUAUUAUCUCAGAGCACCAGUCCAUGGAUUCCACAGUUACAAUAUGCAUUUCAAGACAGGAAAAAUCUCUACUUGGUGAUGGAGUAUCAGCCUGGAGGGGACUUACUGUCGCUCUUAAACCGAUAUGAGGACCAACUAGAUGAGAGUAUGGUGCAGUUUUAUCUUGCAGAGUUGGUUUUAGCCAUUCACAGUGUCCAUCAGAUGGGUUACGUACACCGAGAUAUCAAACCAGAGAAUGUUCUUAUUGACCGAACAGGACACGUUAAACUGGUGGACUUUGGGUCAGCUGCCAAAAUGACAGUGAACAAAACGGUAAACGCUAAGCUACCUGUUGGCACACCUGACUACAUGGCACCAGAAAUGCUGACGGGCUUGAAUGGGGAUGGCAAAGCUUCUUAUGGUCCAGAAUGUGACUGGUGGUCCCUAGGAGUCAUUGCGUAUGAAAUGAUUUAUGGAAGGUCUCCGUUUGCUGAGGGGACUUCAGCAAAAACUUUCAAUAACAUCAUGAACUUCCAGAGAUUUCUGAAGUUCCCAGAGGAUGUGAAAGUUAGUAGUGAAUUUCUUGAUCUGAUCCAGAGCCUGCUUUGUGGGCAGAAGGAAAGGCUGGGUUAUGAGGGACUCUGCUGCCAUCCAUUUUUUUCUAAAAUCGACUGGAAUAAUAUCCGUAACUCUCCUCCCCCCUUCGUUCCUACUCUCAAGUCUGAUGAUGACACCUCAAAUUUUGAUGAACCAGAGAAGAAUUCGCGGGUUUUAUCCUCUACGCGCCAGUUGAACCCAGCAGGCUUCUCGGGUGAAGAUUUGCCGUUUGUGGGGUUUUCAUUCAUCAAGACGUUAGCGACCCUCAGAUCAGAAUCUGUUUUUUCAAGUGUGGAUUCUCCAGCCAAAGUCAGCUCCAUGGAAAAGAAACUUCUUCUCAAGAGCAAAGAACUCCAGGACGCCCAGGACAAGUGUCACAAGAUGGAGCAGGAAAUGACGCGGUUGCACCGGAGAGUGUCAGAGGUGGAGGCUGUACUUAGCCAAAAGGAGGUGGAACUGAAAGCCUCUGAGACCCAGCGAUCCCUCCUGGAGCAGGACCUGGCCACCUAUAUCACAGAAUGCAGUAGCUUAAAGCGAAGCCUGGAGCAGGCACGGAUGGAGGUGUCUCAGGAAGAUGAUAAGGCACUACAGCUACUUCAUGAUAUCAGAGAGCAAAGCCGAAAACUGCAAGAGAUCAAAGAACAGGAAUAUCAAGCUCAAGUAGAAGAAAUGAGGUUGAUGAUGAAUCAAUUAGAAGAGGAUCUUAUUUCAGCUCGCAGGCGUAGUGAUCUUUAUGAAUCGGAGUUGAGAGAGUCCCGACUGGCAGCUGAAGAAUUCAAACGUAAAGCUACUGAAUGUCACAACAAAUUGCAAAAGGUUAAAGAUCAAGGAAAAAAUGAAGCAGGAGAGUUGUAUUCCAAAUUGGAGAAGUUGCAGGCCAAAAUCCAGGAGCUGCAGGAAAAGCUGACAAAGGCUGUGAAAGCUAGCUCAGAGGCAACUGAACUUCUUCAGAAUAUCCGUCAAGCAAAGGAGAGAGCUGAGAAGGAGUUAGAGAAACUGCAGAAUCGGGAAGAUUCUAAUGAAAGCAUGAAGAAGAAAUUGCUUGAAGCGGAGGAACGGCGCCAUUCUCUGGAGAAUCAGGUGAAGAGAUUAGAGACUGUGGAACGAAGAGAAAACCGACUAAAGGAAGAUAUUCAAACUAAAUCUCAACAGAUUCAACAGAUGGCAGAAAAAAUUCUGGAGCUGGAAGAAAAGCAUCGUGAGGCUCAGAUCGCAGCACAACAUCUGGAGUUGCAGCUGAAACAGAAGGAACAAUUCUAUGAGGAAAAACUCAAAGUGUUGGAAAAUCAGAUGAAGAAAGAUCUUGCAGAUAAGGAAGCACUUGAGAAUAUGCUCAGAAGACAUGAAGAAGAAGCACGUGAGAAAUGUAAAGUCCUGGCUGAACAGAAGGCGAUGAUCAAUGCAAUGGAUUCAAAGAUUAGGUCGCUGGAGCAGAGAAUAGUGGAAUUGUCUGAGGCCAAUAAACUGGCAGCAAAUAGCAGCCUCUUUACCCAGAGGAACAUGAAAGCCCAAGAGGAGAUGAUUUCAGAGCUCAGACAACAGAAGUUCUACUUGGAAACGCAAGCUGGAAAGUUAGAGGCCCAGAAUCGAAAAUUAGAAGAACAAUUGGAAAAGAUGAGUCACCAAGAUCACACUGACAAGAACCGCCUGCUGGAGCUAGAGACGAGGCUGCGAGAGGUUAGCCUAGAGCAUGAAGAACAAAAGCUGGAACUCAAAAGGCAGUUGACAGAAUUGCAGCUGACGCUCCAGGAGCGGGAAUCUCAAAUUACUGGGCUGCAGGCUGCACGGACAGCCCUGGAGAAUCAGCUCCGCGAAGCCAAAACUGAACUAGAGGAGACCACAGCUGAGGCAGAGGAAGAGAUUCAAGCUCUCACGGCACAUAGAGAUGAAAUCCAGCGUAAAUUUGAAGCCCUUCGUAAUAGCUGCACAGUGAUUACGGAUUUGGAAGAGCAGCUGAACCAGCUCAGUGAAGACAAUGCAGAACUGAACAAUCAGAAUUUCUUCCUGUCCAAACAACUCGAUGAGGCCUCAGGGGCCAAUGAUGAGGUUGUCCAGUUGCGAAGUGAAGUUGACCAUCUCCGUCGGGAGAUCACUGAGAGAGAGAUGCAGCUUACCAGUCAGAAACAAACUAUGGAGGCCUUGAAGACAACAUGUACAAUGCUGGAAGAGCAAGUAAUGGACUUGGAGGCCCUGAAUGAUGAACUCUUGGAGAAAGAGCGUCAGUGGGAAGCAUGGAGAAGUGUUCUAGGGGAUGAGAAGUCCCAGUUUGAAUGUCGAGUUAGAGAGUUGCAGAGGAUGCUGGAUACUGAGAAACAGAGCAGAGUGAGAGCAGAUCAGCGUAUUACUGAAUCUCGCCAGGUGGUAGAGCUAGCUGUCAAAGAACACAAGGCAGAGAUUCUAGCCCUCCAGCAAGCACUAAAGGAACAAAAGCUCAAAGCUGAGAGCCUUUCUGAUAAGCUCAAUGACCUGGAGAAGAAGCAUGCUAUGUUGGAGAUGAAUGCACGCAGUUUACAACAGAAGCUUGAGACAGAAAGGGAGCUCAAGCAGAGACUUCUGGAGGAGCAGGCAAAGCUGCAGCAGCAAAUGGAUCUACAAAAGAAUCACAUCUUCCGCCUCACUCAAGGCCUGCAAGAGGCUCUAGAUCGGGCAGAUCUUCUGAAGACUGAACGAAGUGACCUGGAAUAUCAGCUGGAAAACAUUCAGGUUCUCUAUUCCCACGAAAAAGUGAAAAUGGAGGGCACUAUUUCUCAGCAAACCAAACUCAUUGAUUUCCUGCAGGCAAAGAUGGACCAACCAGCGAAAAAGAAAAAGGGCCUGUUUAGUCGGCGGAAAGAGGACCCUUCUUUACCCACACAGGUUCCCCUGCAAUACAAUGAGCUGAAAGUGGCACUGGAGAAGGAGAAGGCUCGUUCUGCUGAGCUGGAGGAGGCUCUACAGAAAACACGCAUUGAACUCAGAUCUGCUCGUGAAGAAGCUGCUCAUCGGAAAAUAUCAGACCACCCUCAUCCAUCUACUCCAGCCACGGCCAGGCAGCAAAUCAUCAUGUCUGCCAUAGUCCGCUCACCAGAGCAUCAGCCUACGCCGAUCAGUUUGCUCGCUCCGCCCUCCAGUCGCAGGAAGGAAUCUUCCACGCCAGAGGAGUACAGCCGACGCCUGAAAGAGCGAAUGCAUCAUAAUAUCCCACAUCGGUUUAACGUGGGGCUAAAUAUGAGAGCAACAAAAUGUGCGGUGUGUCUGGAUACUGUGCACUUUGGACGGCAAGCAUCUAAAUGUCUCGAAUGCCAGGUGAUGUGUCACCCAAAAUGCUCAACUUGCUUGCCAGCGACUUGUGGACUGCCAGCAGAAUAUGCCACGCACUUCUCUGAAGCGUUCUGCCGGGAUAAAAUGAAUUCUCCCGGUCUGCAGCUGAAGGAGCCAAGCAGCAGUCUGCGUCUUGAAGGAUGGAUGAAAGUGCCAAGGAAUAAUAAACGUGGGCAGCAGGGCUGGGACAGGAAGUAUAUUGUCCUGGAGGGAACGAAAGUGCUCAUUUAUGAUGCAGAAGCAAGAGAAGCCGGACAGAGGCCUCUGGAGGAAUUUGAGCUCUGCCUUCCUGACGGUGAUGUGACCGUUCACGGAGCUGUAGGAGCUACUGAACUUACCAAUACAGCAAAGACAGAUGUGCCAUACAUCCUAAAAUUGGAGUCUCAUCCACACACCACUUGCUGGCCUGGUAGAACACUCUACCUGUUAGCACCCAGCUUCCCUGACAAACAGCGCUGGGUCACAGCACUGGAAUCAAUAGUGGCAGGUGGGAGAGUUUCCAGAGAAAAAGCUGAGGCUGAUGCUAAAUUGCUCGGAAACUCCCUGCUGAAGCUAGAGGGUGAAGACCGUUUGGACAUAAAUUGCACAAUGCCCUUCAGUGACCAGGUAGUACUGGUGGGUGCAGAAGAAGGUCUCUAUGCCCUGAAUGUCCUGAAGAAUUCCUUAACGCACAUCCCAGGAAUGGGUGCUGUCUUCCAAAUUCACCUCAUCAAGGAUCUGGAGAAGCUACUCAUGAUAGCAGGAGAAGAAAGGGCUCUGUGUCUUGUUGAUGUAAAGAAAGUGAAGCAAUCUCUCGCCCAGUCUCACCUCCCAGCCCAGCCCGAUAUCUCCCCAAAUGUCUUUGAGGCUGUCAAAGGAUGUCACCUCUUUGCUGCCGGCAAGGUUGAGAAUGGUCUUUGUAUCUGCGCAGCCAUGCCCAGUAAAGUGGUUGUUCUGCGAUACAACGAGAGCUUGAGCAAGUUCUGUAUCAGAAAGGAGAUCGAAACCUCUGAGCCUUGCAGCUGCAUCCAUUUGACCACUUACAGCAUCAUCAUAGGAACCAACAAGUUCUAUGAAAUCGAGAUGAAGCAGUACACCCUGGAGGAGUUUCUGGAUAAAAAUGACCACACGCUGGCCUCUGCUGUGUUCGCUGCUUCCACCAACAGUUUUCCCGUCAGUAUCAUCCAGGUGAACCCAACGGGGCAGAGGGAGGAGUAUCUGCUGUGUUUCCACGAGUUUGGGGUCUUUGUGGAUUCCUACGGAAGACGCAGUAGGACAGAUGACCUGAAAUGGAAUCGCUUGCCCUUAGCUUUUGCCUACAGGGAGCCCUAUCUGUUUGUCACCCACUUCAAUUCCCUCGAAGUGAUCGAGAUUCAGGCACGAGCUUCUCUAGGAACUCCUGCACGAGCCCACUUGGAGAUACCAAAUCCGCGGUAUCUAGGGCCUGCAAUUUCAUCUGGAGCUAUCUACUUGGCCUCCUCCUACCAAGACAAAUUAAGGGUGAUUUGCUGUAAGGGCAAUCUAGUGAAGGAGACCAACAACGAGCAGCACCACAGAGGAUCGUCUGCUACGCGCAGUAGCCCUAACAAGAGAGGUCCGCCCACAUACAACGAGCACAUAACCAAGCGGGUAGCGUCCAGCCCAGGACCACCAGAAGGUCCAAGCCACCCUCGAGAGCCAAGCACACCACACCGGUACCGCGAGGGAAGGACGGAGCUGCGGAGGGACAAGUCACCUGGGCGACCGCUGGAGAGGGAGAAGUCUCCAGGCCGGCUUCUGAGCACCCGCAGAGAGAGGUCCCCUGGGAGACUGUUCGAAGAGAGCAGCCGAGGCCGAAUGCCUGUGAGCGGUGCCAGAACUCCUCUUGCUCAAGUCAAUAAGGUCUGGGACCAGUCUUCAGUGUAAGUCUCAGCCAGACAAAGGUACUCAUCGUGACCCGCAGG